GGUAAGGCGCGCGGCGCGGCUGCAAAGGUAAGAUGGCGGCGGUGCUUGCUCUUCGCCUUUGCAGUUAGGCUGCUGCUUGCCCCGUCUGUCCGUUCCGAGCCGCUACUCUGCCUCAAGUCAGCGUCAGGGUUUUGGUAUGAACAGGAUUCGGAUCCACGUCUUGCCGACCAGUCGGGGGAGGAUCACCCCAGUGCCCAGGUCUCAGGAGCCCCUAUCUUGUUCGUUUACUCAUCGCCCAUGCUCGCAACCUCGUCUGGAGGGGCAGGAGUUUUGCAUUAAGCAUAUACUUGAAGACAAGAAUGCACCUUUCAAGCAGUGUAGUUAUAUAUCUACGAAGAAUGGAAAAAGAUGUCCCAGUGCUGCCCCAAAGCCUGAGAAGAAAGAUGGGGUGUCCUUCUGUGCUGAACAUGCCCGUAGGAAUGCCCUUGCACUUCAUGCUCAAAUGAAGAAGACCAAUACAGGGCCUGUGGGUGAAACACUCUUAUGCCAGCUGAGCUCAUAUGCCAAGACAGAGCUGGGUUCUCAGACUCCAGAAAGUAGCCGCAGUGAAGCCAGCCGAAUUCUGGAUGAAGACAGCUGGAGUGAUGGGGAGCAGGAACCCAUUACUGUGGAUCAGACAUGGAGAGGUGACCCUGACAGUGAAGCUGAUAGCAUAGACAGUGAUCAAGAAGAUCCCCUAAAGCAUGCUGGUGUCUACACAGCGGAAGAAGUGGCCCUGAUUAUGCGUGAGAAGCUUAUUCGUUUGCAGUCCUUGUACAUUGACCAGUUUAAACGACUUCAGCAUCUACUCAAAGAGAAGAAGCGACGUUACUUACACAAUCGCAAAGUGGAACAUGAAGCUCUAGGCAAUAGUCUCCUGACUGGCCCAGAGGGACUUCUUGCCAAAGAACGAGAGAACUUAAAGCGUCUAAAAUGUCUUCGGCGGUAUCGUCAGCGCUAUGGAGUGGAAGCCUUACUACAUAGGCAGCUGAAGGAGCGCAGAAUGCUGGCCACAGAUGGUGCUGCCCAACAGGCCCAUACCACUCGUUCCAGUCAGAGGUGCUUGGCCUUUGUGGAUGAUGUUCGUUGUUCCAAUCAGUCUCUUCCAAUGACCAGACACUGCCUUACCCAUAUUUGUCAGGACACGAAUCAGGUUCUCUUCAAAUGCUGCCAGGGGUCUGAAGAGGUACCCUGCAACAAACCAGUUCCUGUAAGCCUCUCUGAGGAUCCCUGCUGCCCACUGCAUUUCCAGUUGCCUCCUCAGAUGUAUAAGCCCGAGCAGGUACUGUCUGUGCCAGACGAUCUGGAAGCCGGCCCCAUGGAUCUGUACUUGAGUGCUGCUGAGCUUCAGCCCACUGAGAGUUUACCUCUGGAGUUCAGUGAUGACUUGGAUGUUGUGGGUGACGGUAUGCAGUGCCCUCCUUCACCCUUGCUUUUUGAUCCUUCACUAACCCUUGAAGAUCAUCCUGUCAAAGAAAUUGCUGAAGGCCCAGUGGAUAUUUUGGGCCAGAUGCAGAUGGCUGGAGAUGGGUGCAGAUCACAGGGAUCUCGAAAUUCUGAGAAAGCCUCUGCACCACUGCCUCAGAGUGGAGUGGCUACUGCAAACGGAAAGCCAGAACCCACUUCUGUCAGUUGAUAGUUUGUUUUGGGAACCUGUUGACUUUGGAGGAUUUGUAUUUCCCAUUUAAACAAGUAUUUCUGACCGUCUCUCACUAAAGGACAACCUGGACUACCUUGUUUUUCUUCUGGGUUAUUGAGUGCUAUAGUCAAACCAAAUGUUGGGGGAAGGGACCAACAGUGUCUAAAAAUUGUGGAUGUCUUCCCACUCUAGGCAAGGAAGAGAGACAGGUGAUUCCCGUCAAGAGCUGCUGAGAUUGAGAGAGUAUUUUGGGACUGUGCCUAAGGGGAGAGAGAGUUUUGUAAUGCUGUUUCCCAAGUUUUGGGAUGUUGAUGGACCCAAUGGCUGGUCAUCUCUGUCUAGCAGCCUGUUGUAGCCUUUCCUCACUUUUCACCUAAUUAGGUAAUCUGAAGCCCCUCCCCUCAGUGAACUCUGACCUAUAGCCUCUGAGAAAAUACCCCACAGGACUGGGCCCUCCUUAACCAUCCAUCUUGCUUCUACCUAUGUAAAUUUCUGUAGUGGCUAUCUUAUGUAAGAUACAAUAAAAAAUUAUCGUACAUAGUUUCUAUUAAAUGUUAAAAUGUUAUGAAAAUGUAAAACGAUCACUUGAAUGCAUGUUUUGUUUGUGUUUGAGAAAGAGUGAGUGUGUGUGUGUGUGUGUGUGUAUGUGUGUAUUUUGGGUUUUUAGGGAGCUGCCUCUGACGGAAAAGGGAAAACAGGACAGAUAUACUUCCAUCCCAAGAAGUAAAUACAUUUUCAGUAACUUAAUUUGCUUUUGGUUUUGGUUGGGAGGAUAAGUUAAAAGCCUUGUAAGAAGUAAAUGGAAAGGGUGGGACUUCCUUAUUAAAGCCUACCUACCCAGAGUUAUGUUAUUUCUGCAAAUAUCUCCCAAAUGUCUUCUUUUUACCCUCUGUGCCCCCUCCUCCCACUCCCAUUUCUUUCUCACAAUUAAUGCCUGAUUAUUGUGGCAAAAUUCUCUAAGGCUAGGAAUGUGUGUAUAUAUAUAUAAAACCUCUAGAGAAAUUGGGCCUGAUGCUGGACCACAGACAUAAACUGUCAAGAUUAUUUUGAUGAUGAAUCUAAGGGUAGGGUUAAAACAGACGUUCAGUUAGGGUUAAUUUGCCUAUGCUAGAAGUUGUCUGUUACUAUAAUGCAAUAUGACAAGAGGCCAAAAGAUUACCUUUUAUAAGAACUGAACUGAGGAACAGAGAAGGGUUAUACAGUUAACACCAUCACCACCAUCACCUUGGCUUUAGUUUAAAUAUUUACUUCCAGGGAAUGGUCAGGAGUGACUCAGAAGACCCAUCAGGUGCAUCCUGAGAUCACCUUUAAUAGGGCUUACAGUAUACUCUUUUUCAGUUUGUUGUUUCCACUGCUUUCUUGUCUGGUACUUUUCUACACUGUAUCCACAAAGACAAACAUUACUUCUUAAGCAGCUUGAACAUACCUGCUUCUGCAACAGGAUUAGAGAUUAAAAUAUCCUCUUCCCAUUGUUUUAUUUUCUUCUUCCCAUUGUUUAUUUUAUUUAUUUGUUUAUUUUUGGCCACUCUGUGUGGCAUGCAGGAUCUUAGUUCCCCAACCAGGGAUCAAACCUGUGCCACCUGCAGUGGAAGCGUGGAGUCCUAACCGCUGGACCACCAGGGAAGUCCCAUCGUCCCAUUGUUUUAAAAAGUAACCUGCAAACCACCAGCAUCCACAUCACCCAGUGUGACCGUUUUGUAAACUCCAGUUUUUCUGGAGUUUAACUCUUAAUAAGUUCCCAGCAUGC